GAAAGCCAUCCACCUGGAAAUCGUGUAUGAUUUAUCGUCACAGGCUUGUAUAAAUGCAAUGAAACGCUUUAUUGCCAGACGUGGACGUUUAGUAAACCUGUACUGUGACAAUGCAACCGCCUUUGUUGGAGCAAAUCGAGAGCUCAAAGAACUUCGCUUACAAUUUCUCGACCAAUUUAAACAUGAGUCUUGGAACAGUUUUUGUUUACAACAAGGAAUUAAUUUUAAUUUUAUUCCAGCUCGUUCCCCUCACUUCGGAGGCUUGUGGGAAGCAGGAGCUAAGACGUUCCGUCCAAGAUUUUUGGCGCCGGUGGUCCCGCGAUUACGUGAGUCAACUCCAUCAACGACCGAAAUGGCAAACCGAAACGCAGCUCCAUCCCAUCGAAGGCGUUUUGGUAUUGGUCAAACAAGAGAACCUCCCACCUCUACAGUGGAACUUAGGACGCAUUGUACAAACGUUUCCAGGGAGCGACGGUCACGUCAGAGUAGUCCUAGUUCGCACCGCAAAUGGACUGUUCAAACGCGCCGUCACCGAGGUAUGCAUCCUCCCAAUAGACGUCCCACAGAAGCCAGGAACAAUCGAGGACCAAGUGUGGACCGAACCAAAAUAGGAUAGGGUUCGCAUGCGGAUGCACUGAAGUGGAGGACCUGGAUGUCGAAGUGUUGAAACUAGGGAGUUUCAACGGGGGCCUGUGUGUUUGAUAUUGCAUUUUUUAUACGAUAAUGUAUUCAGAAAUACUUUUCCGUGCAUGCUAUAAGUAUGGAACACCUUCAAUCCAAUGUACUGAAAUUACACAAGCUUGAAUAUUAUGAAUUAUUUUGAAUUCUACUGUUUCCUCUGUCUAUUGGUAUCGCAUUAUAUAAAAGCCCGAAGUGGAUAAAUAAAACUCUCUCUUAUCAUACAACUCUACAUCUGUGUACAUCAUUUAUUGGAAGAAGUCAGUGAUUUCGACAAGUUCGCCUCGCUCGCU